UUUUUCAGUAUAACAAGUUCAUUUGUUCAUUAUGCAGAAAUCAACUAUUUGUAUUUUAGUUUUAAUUAUUAUGGAACUAUCAUUGGUCACACAGGGUAGACCAUUUCCAAGUGGAAAAGAGUGGAAAAAUAACCUUGAUGACAAAUUGAAGGAUGUCAAUAUAGGCUGUGCGUCUGGAAUAAAAAAAAUUGGUGCAGUUGCCGGAAGCGUGGCGCGCGGACUCAUUCCAGAUUGCAAAGUAGGAGCAUAUAAGAGAGAUUGUGCAUGUGGAUAUCAUCAGUGCAAGUGCAAGCAAUAUUAUAAGAAAUACAGUAAACAGGAACAGGAAGCUCAUUCAAAAGAAAUCAGGAAACAUUUAUCACCGGAAAUUGAGGAAAAACUAUUUCCACAUGAAAAGCAUACUACAUAGAAAGGAUCUAAUGACAACAGUGCAAGUUACAAAUAUAUAUUUAUAUUCAGUUAAAAAUACA